UUUGAAUAAAACUUUAUUGGGAAGCUGGAAAAGAAAACCCCAGGAUCUUAGGCCUCGCGGAGGCCUUUUCAGCGGCCGAAAAGCCUAGAGGAAUUUUUUUUGCUUCGGGAAGGCCUCGAUCCCCGUCCUGGCGUUGUCGCUUCCGCCGGGGAGAAGGUGCCGGGAUCUGGCGUGCAGAGAAAUCGGCAGAGUCUCGCGUCCGCCUUCGGCUCCGGGGCAAGAAGAAGGGGAAAAUCUUUUGAUUUAAAAGAGGGAGAGGCUCCCCCCCCCAAAGACAAGAUCGUGGGAGUAAGGGGGAGCUCGGAUGGGCAUCGGGGUGGGGGAGAGGAAGGGAGGGAAACAAUGAUUUCGCUCUUUCGGGGAGAAGGGAAGACGGAGGUCAUCCUUGGAGAGCGAGGGAGCCGUAGCGCGCUUUGUUGGCCGUGAAGGAAGAGCUGAGGGUCCAAGUGGGAGAAGAAAGAGGGGAAGCGACUCCCCUUAAUUUGGGAGGGAGAUCGGGGGAUCCCCCCUUUCCCCUUCCCUCGGAAGGGGAAAAGGAGCCUUGCAAACUUCUGAACGGAGCGGGGAGGAGGCGCUGCGAGCUUUUUUUGGGGGGCGCGCGCGAAAAAAAUGUUUCGGAGGAUUUCGGAUUCUUAGGGAAAGCCCCUGAAAAACGUGAGGUUGGUCCGAAACGGCUUCGGAAAGGCGAUCUGCGGAGGAUUAACCAGUUCCUUGCUGGUUUGGUUUUGUUUUGUUUCGGGGGCCCCAAAAAAAAAAAAAAAAAGCCGGCCGGACUUCAAGCUCACAACUGCAUUUUGCACAAAAGUUGGUGCCUGGGACAUGGGUGCGUUGUGCGUGAAUGAUUUUUUUUUCACCCUCGCUUAACCCCAGCUGGGACAGGACUUUCUCCUUCAGGCCUCGGCAUGAGAAGCCUCUCCGGCUUGCCCUAACGGACAGUUUGAUAGCCUUUUGAUUCCUGAGGGUCUUCCUUGGCUUGAACUUGGAGCAGCCCCUUCCUCCACCAUGGCCUCUGUCCCAGUGUAUUGUCUCUGUCGCCUGCCCUACGAUGUCACCCGCUUCAUGAUCGAGUGUGAUGCUUGCCAGGACUGGUUCCACGGCAGUUGUGUUGGAGUAGAAGAGGAUGCAGCAGCCAACAUCGACUUGUAUCACUGCCCCAACUGUGAACUGCUUCAUGGACCAUCUGUCAUGAAACGGCGCCGCGGAAAUCCAAAACAGUCUGAAUCCUCUGUGAACAAAGAGGUUAGCAAGACAGUGAAAACCGGCAGCAGUCAGUUCAUCAAAGAACUUCGCAGCAGGACAUUUCCUAGUGCGGAUGAUGUGAUCCUAAAGCCAAGUGGAACACAGCUGACUGUGGAGUUCCUGGAAGAGAAUAGCUUCAGUGUGCCUCUCCUGGUCCUGAAGAAGGAUGGCCUGGGCAUGACUCUUCCUCCAUCAUCAUUCACUGUGCGUGAUGUGGAGCAUUAUGUUGGUGCAGACAAGGAGAUCGAUGUCAUUGAUGUGACACGCCAAGCUGACCUCAAGAUGCGCCUGGGUGACUUUGUCAGCUACUACUUCAGCAGCCGCCGAGAGAAAGUGCUUAAUGUCAUCAGUCUGGAAUUCUCAGAAACCAGGUUGUCUAAUUUGGUGGAGACCCCAAAGAUUGUGCGCAAGUUGUCCUGGGUGGAGAACCUGUGGCCAGGAGAGUCAGUCUUUGAGCGUCCCAGCGUACAAAAGUACUGCCUGAUGGGGGUGCGGGACAGCUAUACGGACUUCCACAUUGACUUUGGGGGCACCUCUGUCUGGUACCAUGUCCUACGGGGAGAGAAGAUCUUCUACCUGGUACGUCCCACUACGGCCAACCUGACACUCUUUGAGGCAUGGAGCAGCUCCUCCAAUCAGAAUGAAAUGUUCUUUGGGGACCAAGUGGAUAGGUGCUAUCGCUGUCCUGUCCGCCAGGGCCAGACCCUCUUCAUACCGACAGGGUGGAUCCAUGCUGUGCUGACCCCUGUGGACUGCCUGGCUUUUGGAGGCAAUUUUCUACACAGUCUCAACAUUGAGAUGCAGCUCAAGGCUUACGAGAUUGAAAAGCGCCUCAGCACAGCUGAUCUCUUCAAAUUUCCCAACUUUGAAACUAUCUGCUGGUACGUUGGCAAACAUCUCCUGGAUAUCUUCCGAGGCCUUCGAGAAAACCGUAGGCACCCGGCUGCCUAUUUGGUUCAUGGGGCCAAAGCCCUCAAUACUGCAUUUCGCUCCUGGACUAAAAAGGAGGCCUUGACUGAGCAUGAAGAAGAAAUUCCUGGGACAGUACGUCCAGCACAACUCAUCAAAGACCUGGCCAAGGAGAUCCGACUGGUGGAAGAUAUAUUCCAGCAGAACAUUGGGAAGACCGGCAGCCCAUUUGGCCUGCAGAGAGUCGCCCAGCCUGGUGCAGCAGCUGCCAAAAAGGGAGAUCAGAGUCCCAAGGAGCCGGGCAAGAAAGGCAGCAGAAAGGAUGCUGCAUCUGUCAAAGCCCUGGAACUAGAGUUGCUGCGCAAGUACAAGAGGCAGCAGAGCUUGAAACGUGCAGAGAGUCCUGGCCAGGAGGAGUUUGACUUGCCAAGUUCCAGCCUGGAUGAUACAGAUGGAGAACCUGAUCUGACAGAGGAAGAGCUGUCCAUGGUGGUGGCCAAUGGUCGAGGCACCAGGAAAAUCAAAGCCUCGGAGCGCACCCGGAGCCACAAAGGAGCACAACUGAGAGCCCCACCCAGCCCCUCUGAUGCAGAAGCCCCGGAUAUAGACUCCGAGGAGGAUCUGCAGAUUGACGAAACGCCACGCAGGGAAAGGAGGAAUCUGCUGCUGCACAAGAAGCUUUCCAAAUUUCCUCGGAAACUGCCACGAGCCAAACCCUGUUCCGACCCAAAUAAAGUGCGAGAGCCAGGAGAAGUAGAAUUUGACAUUGAAGAGGACUACACCACCGAAGAGGAGGAGGAUGCUUCUGGUGAUGACCAAUUGGAAGGCAGCAGUAGUGCUGGUGGGAUCCUGGACCUGCUGAAAGCCAGUCGACAGGUUGGCGGUGCGGACUAUGAUGAGCUGAGUGAUGCACCUGCAUCUCCCAGUACUCAGGAAGCCAUCCAAGGCAUGUUGUGCAUGGCCAACCUCCAGUCGUCAUCCUCAGGAGGGGCCUCCAGCUUGCAGGCCUGGUUGGCAGCUGGGCAUGAACGUGGCUCUGUGGGAGCCUCCGGCACACAGCGCUCAGGAAAAAGGCCCAUCAAACGGCCGGCUCAUCACAGCACGGAUAGCGAGGAAGAGGCCAGCAUGGAUGAGCAGGAGAGCCUGGGAGCCUGUUUUAAGGAUGCUGAAUACAUUUACCCGUCCUUGGAAUCGGAUGAGGAUGACCCAGCCUUGAAGUCACUGCCAAAGAAGAAAAAAUGCACGGAUGAUGCUCCGUGGAGUCCUAAAGCCCGGGUGACCCCAACACUACCCAAGCAAGACCGCCCUGUCCGUGAAGGGACCAGAGUGGCAUCUGUCGAGACCGGUCUGGCAGCUGCAGCAGCUAAACUAGCUCAGCAGAAGUUGCAGCGGCGGAAAUUUGUGGUAAAAAGGAAGCCACCAUCUCCAAAAGCUCCUAGUCCAGAACCAGAGCCGGAACCAGAACCAGAGCAAGAGCCAGAACCAGAGCCAGAGCCAGAAUUGAUAGAAGCAGAAGUGGAGCCGGAUGUGCCACCCCCACCUCCCGUUCCCCAGGAACCAGAUCCUGAGCUGGAGGCCCCUGUGCCCACCCCUCCACCGGAAACAAAACAGGAGCAGUUUGCUGGCAGCCUGGUGGAUCAUGAAUACACCGCUCGGCCUAAUGUUUUCGGAAUGGCCCAGGUGAACCGGGGCUCCACGCCUAUGGCCCCAGGGGUCUUCUUGUCCCAGCGGCGCCCCUCAGCUGGCUCACCAGGUCCUCAAGCAGCACAGGGAAAACGCCCCAAGAAGGGCUUAGCGACAGCAAAGCAGCGACUGGGACGCAUCCUAAAGAUUCAUCGCAAUGGCAAGCUACUCCUCUGAGUGCAUCCCCAUGUCAGCUCCAGACCACAUGCCCAGCUCUUGAGCAGCAGAAAUUGGGUGAGGCACAGAGACCCACUUGGAGGCACCGCCUGGUGUCUUUGGAGGGCUGACAGGACCUUGGGCGUGUGGACAAGGCCUGCGCUACUCUACCUCUCCUUCCCUCACAUGGAUCAGAGCCAAGUCUGAGCUGCCUGUGCUGCUGUUGGAAGUUUUGAACUCGAUUGGCAGCACCUGAACACAGAGGCGAACCGCAAUGGUUUCCCUGAAGAGACAAGACAACGUAGGAGGCGGGGGGUUCGUUGUGCCCACUGAUUCUCCAUCCCUACCUCGACCCACUGCACUUCCUUUUUUGUUCUGGGGCUGAUACCUCUUUCAAAUGCUCCCUUCCCUCUGUCAAGUCACACCUUACAGAUGUUGGCUUUAUUUUUUUCUCCUAGAUGCUUCAAAUGCCCUUUGUAUCUUUCGUUGCUGUUGGCUGACCCUGGCAUGCCAAGGAGUGUUUCUUUUUUUUCCCCCCCACUACUUUUUAAAAAUGUUUUUUCCCAGCAGAAAGUAGCUGCUUGUUGUUGUUUUUACGCAAGCAGAGGGUUUCUUUGCAGUCUUCCAGAACAGCGUUUCUCAACUUCAAUGAUUUUGAGAUGAGUGGACUUCCACUUCCAGAAUUUUCCAGCUGGCACUAUUUUUGGCUGGAAAAUUCUUGAAGUUCACUCAUCUUAAAAUUGCUCUGCUUAAGAUACACUGUUCUGGAGAGAUCCUUCCAAAGCCUGGAAGGGCAGGAGAGGAACCACUUGUUUUACAAAGGGAACCGGGUGCUUCCCUAUUUUUGAGCAGUCAGGGAUUUGUGGAUGGAGUAGGCAGACACUGGAAAUAACUCCUUCUCGUCGAGAGAAUUUUGAAACUUCCAGUCAUUUGGCAGCAGGGAAUCAUUCGCUCAUCAUACCUUACGUUAUCCAUCCAAAAUAGAAGACUGAGAGCCUCACAAAAGAUCUGUGUCUCCAGAGUGCAAAAGGGAGGGGCAGUCUAAUGUGUUAUAAAAGUUUUGCAACGUGUACAAGAAGGCAGUUGAGGUAGAAGGCUAAGUAAGCUGCCUCCUCCCUAAUUUGCAUAUCUCUCCACGCAAAGGGACUUCUGUUGCUUUGAGUAUCUUAAAUUGGUGAAAAUCCCAGCUCUCUCCAAUCGGUAGUUGAAAACCGUUCAGGUCAGCGUCACUUGCCAGAUGGGGCUGCCAACCAGGAGAGUCCAUGUGGAAUAUUAGCAGAUUCUUCCUGCUCCCGAUGUGAAGUUUUCCAGUAGGCUUCACAGCUGUUCCUGUUGCAGAUCUCUCGUUUUGUUAAUUCCAGGGCUUUUUUUUCUUUUACAUUCUUGGCAUAAGGCACUCUGUCCUCCCUUCUCCUUUUCCUUCUCCUUCUCCCCCUUCUAUGGCGGCAGGGAGGGCGUCAUGCCCCCUAAGUAAGACUUAAAAGAUGUUUCUACCCAGCAGCACAGCUCAGUGAAUACAGCUGUGUAUCAUAUUUUUACACCAGACUCCAGCAAGCUUUGUGUAUAUGUUUGAAUUCUAUUUUUUAGGCCUCGCUCUAGAAAUGUGUGUUUAAGGGGGAGAAAAUUAUAUAUAUAUAAUUUAUAUAAAAUUAUAUAUAUAUAAUUUUUUCCAGGGGUUAAAAUAAAAGAAAACCUUCAGUUUA